AUUAUUCAAAUAUAGUUCAAAAAGAUGUAGCAAAUAUAAUUGGCUCUCAAGAAUUUUUUAAUGAUGUUGUAUGUUUAUCACAGAUUAUAUAUCCUGCAAAAGAAGCAAUCAUAGCUGUUAAAUUUAAAUCAACAACUUUAGCAGAU